UUCUGGCUGAUAGUAUGAGGAAAAUAAAGUUUUUUUUGAACAUUAAAGAAUGUAAACGUGUUCUCAUAGAAACACAAAAUACAAGUAUGACCUGAAAAUUAGCGUAAUAUGGGGCCUUUAAAGCCUGAAAAACAGAGCCAUGAGGAGGUGCAGAAGUCUAACAUUACAAUAUGCUGAAAGGUUAUUAUGGAUUUUUUGUUUUUUUUUGCACAAUGAUGCCAAAAACAUUCUGCCUACUGCAGCUUUAAGUUGAAAAAAAAAAAAGUUGUUUUUCCCUCCACUAAGUUACCUGAAUGUUGACCGGAUGUUUAGUUAGUGGAUAUGUAACUAUUUCCUGUCAUCCGGACUGUGUAAAGUGUCAUGAAGACGCCUCUCGAGGGAUAAAUACAGCGCAUAUCGGAUGAAGGUGAGAACAUGUCCAGUUAAAGUGUCCACAUUGAUGAGCAGUCCUCGUGUUGUCCGCCAGAUGGACCCGCCUGACUACAAACAACCAUCAGAGAGCCUCAAACUGCUGCAGCUCCACUGGAUUCACUCCAUAACCCAGACGACCUUGCCGUCUCCCCCACAUGACCGGCUGGCUGCCGCCCAACCGAACACCUCAGCAGCAAUGCUACAAGCAUGGACCCAACCUGCAGAAUCCACAAUCCACACAUCCAAUCUCACACCCACUCCAAGAUGGAAAUAUAGUUGCUACUCGGGGUGGGUCAGACUGAGGAGUCACUGCACUCUCUGCUCCUCUGUGUGCAAUCCUGAUGCUGUGCUGCAGCAGCAGUUGAAAGUCUCUGACCUCCAUAGGUCAGCUUGUGAGUGCUUGGAUGCCCAAGUUAGACUUCAUGAAACCUGCAGGUACGGUAACUCCUUUGAGUCUCCACUGGCUCUGACGGAGGAGGAUAGAGGACCUCAACAGGUGGAGAUUUUUAUUCUAGGGAUAGAGGAGGAGGAGGAGGAGGAAGAAGAAGAGGAGGGAAUCUCCAAGAAUCCGCGAGCGGCGCGAGGAGGAGGAGGAGGAGGACAGGAGGAGGAGGAGGCGCGCGGACCUGUCCACGAGCCCUCACUGCGGAACGCGCGGGGCUGCCGCUGGAGAUCCCAAAAACCCAAAACGGUGAAUUUGGAUUAG